UCGAUCACGACCGAGAUGACAGACGAAGUCACCAUACCUGUACCCCCGCCCCCUAAGGACUGUGCAAGAACUGACGACAGAAGAUUAUGGGUUGGGAAUUUAGACAGUCGAUUAAGAGAGUUUCAACUCCUCAAAAUGGUGGAAAACUUUGGACCACUGGUGGAAUUCGACUUUCUUUAUCACCGAUCGGGCCCUCAAGCUGGGCAGCCUCGCGGAUACGCCUUUGUAACGUUUAAAUCCCCCGAUUGUGCGCAGGCAGCAAUGAACACCUUAGACGGGAAGAAUGUCUUAGGUCGGAGAAUGGCAGUCAAAUGGGCACACGCGCAGGAUGAGAGUAUGUAUGAAAGAACAAAGGAGAAGCCUGCUCCACCCAUCCUCAGUGGAGGGAAAGGGGAAACCAGUCAAGUAAGCAAGAAGAGCAAGAUUGCUGCUCUUGAGGCCAAGUUAAAGUUGCUAGAGGAGGACAGUCUGAAGGUGGACCUCAUGCCAGACGUGGGGGCUGCAUCCUCGAGGCCAACUUCUGUCACGUAUGCCUUCAUAGAGCAGAAGCCCAGAGGACAGAAAGGUGCAUCUAAGCAACACACUGCCAGUCAUCCCUACCACCGAUCGAAACCCACGAGAAAACACUGAACUCUGGCGCUGAAUGGUGGAGAAUCUUAUCAUCAUUGUAAUGCUUCCAUUUGUUGACAAAUGGAACAUUCGACACAAUCUCUGGCUUUUUCUAUUUUGGGCUAGUUUCACAUUUCACCUCUACAUAUUUAUUCCAUGGUGUUGCCUUAAUGACACUAAACUCUACGUUGUACAUAUCAAAUCAUGCACUAUUCUCAUAACAUUCAAAUCAUUAUUUUAGGACAGUGUUUGUGCAAAUGUUUAUGCUAGUGACUGAUAUCAAUGCAUGGUUGUUGUUUUGGUUGCUUAUUUAUUGUUAGGGUGAAGAGUGUAAGGAACAUACAUGAUUACAUACAAGCAUUAAUUGUUAGCCCUAAUAGUAACACCAGAAACCACUGGGAGUAUCCUUUGUAGGUAGGAGUUGCAGUUUACACAUAUAUUUCAUAAGAGAGGUAGAAGAUAUGUAUAUAAUUUUUCUUUGAACAUACUGGCUUAUUUUACAUUAAUUGUAUCAAGAAGUUCUUACUUUUUUAUAAUAGUGAGGCACACUUGAGAGGCAGUAAAAAUGCACCAAAAGUAAUAUGUGUUUUAUUUAGAUUAUUUAUAGAAAAUAAACAAGAACGAUAUAGAUUAGUGUCAGUAUUAAACAGAGAUGAAA